GAGCGAGAAGCUGCGUAUAUUGUCUUCUCGUAUAGUAAAGUUGGUGGUGUGUGGCGAUUGUUUGUCUUUACCUGUUGCUGCUUCUGCUGCUUCAUCAGCAGCAGCAGGAGGAGCAGCAGCAGCAGGAGGAGGAGCAGGAGGAGCAGCAGCAGCAGCAGCAGCAGCAGGGCGAUUAGAGCAGCAGCUGUCUCUUUCUGCAGCAUUAAACGAAGCAGACUCUUUUCUCUCACAGAUUGCUUCAUCUGUCUCUGUCUCCUUCAUGCCUGGGCCCAGAGACCCUUCAAACUUUACUCUGCCUCAGCUGUCUGUACACUCUGCUAUGCUGCCGCUUACACGAGAAUAUAAAUCUGCGACGGGUUUAUCAAACCCUUCUGCUUUUUCUAUCAAUGGGAUCCGGUUUAUCGGCAGCAGCGGUCAGCCAAUCGCUGACAUCUGCGCAAACAGCAGUCUCUCCCCUAUCGAGGCCCUGGAGCUCUCAGCGCAUUGCCGCUGCAUCGCCCCGACUGCCCCUGACACACUCGCAUGCUAUCCCUUUACAUCAGGAGACCCCUUUACUGUUUCAGGAGACAGCAGCUACCACGUCUACUUCGCGGGGCUGCAGCAGCAGCACGAACACAGACAGCUGCGCACUGCACCAGCAGCAGCAGCAGCAGCAGCAGCAGGUACAGGUACAGGUACAGGUACAGCAGCGCCAGCAGCAGCAGCAGCAGCAGGGCCUGCUGCUGCUGCUGUUGCACAGGAGCUGCAACAGCAGCAACAGCAGCAGAAGCAACGGCAGCAGCUGCAACACCAGCAACAGCAGCAGCAGCAACAGCAGCAGCAGCAACAGCAGCAAGAAGAGGAUGCGAAUUAA